AUGCUACUGGAAGGCAUCCAGGGCUUCGCUAUGGCCCCUGGACUCCCCAAUAUCGACAACCACCCCCUAGACCCAGGGGGGCAGGCGCUAGGUCUGGUGAACCCCGUAGGGGCCUAUAUAGGCACCCCAGCGGGGACAGCACCACCAGCGCCCCCCGAGGCAAGUGCAACAGUCCCUCAGAGCGAGGGCUUCUUGCCUAGCCUGGAAAUCAACCCUAGGGAGUUGUUUCCCCCCCUAAGCAGCGUGCCAGGCUCCCAGGAAGCACCUAAAACUCUAGGGAAGAGACUACAGGAACACAGCCCUGACGGGGCAGAAAGAGCCCCCAUGAAGGCCCUAAUCGGCCCAGCCUACAAGGACAUGGAACAGGCCUUAUUAGGCCACUUUACAAGCAGCAAUAGCGCGCUGCACGCGGAGAUGGCCGCUAUGAAGGCCUAUAUGACCUCUCUGGUAGAGGCUAUGGAGCAGCGCCUCACAGGCCAAUUGGGCGCUCUGGAGCGCCGUUUCUCAACCCUAGAAGCUCAACAGGCCUCCCCGAACGCCCCAAACCACCCCCUAAAGCCCCUAUCGUCAGGGGGCGACCGCCAGGGCCCACGACAGCCUCUGCCAUCCCAGGGGACGACGUUUGCAGAGGUCGCCCAUGGCCCCCAAGCUAACCCGAAUAGGGCCGCUAAGCCCAUAGAGCCACGCAGAGCCUCACCCCCGAUAUCAAAACCACCCCCUGGGGUGAAGCCCGCAGCAGGCCCCCAGUGGGCCGAUAUAGCGGCCAGCAAUGCCCAGGAGUGGCAAAUCGUUACAAAAAAAACGGGCUUACUCCCCGAACCAGCCCCCAAAAGUCCAAAUGGACCCAGGGAGCCUGAAGCCUAUUCGCGGAAGCAACAAGGGAGACCGCAGGCUUAUAUUUAG